AUGGGAGGAGGGCGAUGGCUUGUGGCUGUGAAUAACUGUGGCUUCUCAGAUACUGUGGAGGGCACGCCUGCCCCUUCUGCCCAGGCAAGCAGCCCCAGUAGGAAGCAUCCCCUGGGAAGAGAGGUGCUUCGUGUGGCCAAGUGGUUCCCACAUCCAUGCCUUCUAAGAUUCCCUUUGCUCCUGGGCCUCAAUGUUCCCUUUGGCUGGGAUCCCAUUCAAGAUAGAAUACUUAAAGCAUCAAGAAUAAGGAAGGAAAUUACAUAUAAAAGAGGGAUCUUAAGAACCAAUAUCAGAAGGCGCUGGAGUCAGGAUGGAGGAGAAUGGCGGGAGCCUUGGCCCUGGAGGAUCCUGGAUGAUUGUGGUGGUGCCUUCACCAUGGGAAUCAUUGGAGGUGGGAUCUUCCAAGCCAUCAAAGGUUUCCGCAAUUCUCCAGUGGGAGUAAACCACCGACUUCGAGGGAGUUUGACAGCUCUUAAUACCAAAGCUCCACAGUUGGGAGGAAGCUUCGCAGUCUGGGGAGUUCUCUUCUCCAUGAUCGACUGCAGUCUGGUUCAGGUUCGAGGGAAGGAAGACCCAUGGACCUCCAUCACGAGCGGGGCCUUAACAGGAGCCAUCCUGGCGGCAAGAAAUGACCCUGUGGCCAUGGUCGGCUCUGCUGAGAUGGGUGGCAUUCUCCUGGCUUUGGUCAAAGGAGCCGGUAUCGUACUGACAAGGUUUGCCUCUGCACAGUUUCCCAGGGGUCCGCAGUUUGCUGAAGACCGGUCCCAGUUACCUUCGACCCAGCUGCCACCCUCCCCUUGUGGUGACUAUCGGCAGUGUCAGUAGGACUUCUUACCCAGGAUCCCGUGACAGGAUGAGCUGUAGUUCA